AUGGCUGCUUAUCUUACUUUUUGGACGUCUGUUGCAUUGACUUUGAUAACUUUGACGCGCUCUGAGAACUGCUCUCCAGAUCUGCUUCAUGGGCAAAGGGUAAACGGAUAUGUUGUAGAAACAGUAUACAAUAUCGGUGUGAAUUCUUGCAUCAAAGAGUGUCUACUACGUCCUAAUCAUUGCCAGUCCAUAAACUACGACACACAGACAUUCACAUGUGAAUUAAACAGUGCCGUUGCCGAUCCCUCUAUGUUCAUUCAGAAGGACAGCUCUAUCUACUGCCCAGUGACCAAUGCUCCAAAGGAUAAUUUGGGGAAAUGUAGGGAAACAUACUGCCCUGCAUUCUCCAAAUGUGUUGAUGUCAUCAAUCAGAGCACCUGUAUCGCCUCAGCAUGCCCUGCUGGUACGUACGGCAAAGACGGAGUGUGUAUAAUGUGUCCACCGGGGCAAUUCAGAGCGGAAUCGAGGAAGCAGUGGUGUGAACUGUGUCCCGAGGGAACAUACCAGGAUCAGUCGGGGCAGGAUGCAUGUAGUCCAUGUAAUGCUGGAUAUUUCCAAAACAAAACUGGAGAAAGUAGCACCCACUGUCUUGUAUGUCCUGCUGGGUCCUACCAAGACGCUAUCGCGCAGACGCAAUGUAAACCGUGCUCACAAGGCAUGUACCAGCCACAGACAGAACAGAACAAGUGUUUGUCUUGUUCUCCUGGGAAAUAUCAAGAUGGAACCGGAAAAACAUCGUGUAUGAAUUGUCCUGCAGGCUCCUACCAAGAUAAUAAAGGACAGAAAAUCUGUAAACUCUGCCCAAAUGGAAUGUACCAACCCAAUAAUGGAAAGACCAAUUGUGAGUAUUGUCCUGUCGGAAAAUAUCAAAAUGAAACUGGAAAGCCAACAUGCAAGAUUUGUUCUGUGGGUACCUACCAAAAUUCUACAGGACAAAACACCUGUGUACAAUGUCCGAAAGGAAUGUACCAGUCCGAUAUUGGACAGACCACUUGUAUGUCUUGUCCAGUUGGGAAAUUUCAAGACAAUACCGGGGGGUCCAUGUGUAAAAAUUGCCCUGCAGGUUCUUACCAAAGUGCCAAGGGACAGCAAAUAUGUGACCUAUGCACAAAAGGAAUGUACCAGCCCAAUGAUGGACAGACCACUUGUUUAUCUUGUCCAGUCGGGAAAUUUCAAGAGAAUACCGGGGGAUCAAUGUGUAAAAAUUGCCCUGCAGGUUCCUACCAAAGUGCCGAGGGACAAAUAAGCUGCGAUAUAUGCCCAAUAGGAAUGCACCAGUCCAACGAUGGGCAGACAAAUUGUGUAAUGUGUCCGGCCGGGAAAUAUCAAGACGUAACGGGAAAAUCCACGUGUAAGAAGUGUGCACCGGGAACCUAUCAGGACCAAGCCGGACAAACCCAAUGCAUGACAUGUCCGACUAACCAGUAUCAGAAUCAGAAUGGCCAAACGACAUGCAAGCCUUGUACUGGGACUUACACUUGUAUCAACGCCGCACAGACAGCUUGUGCAGGUAUCGUUCGUGUCGGAAGCGCUUAUUGCCAAUCAGAAGUAUUCGUCGGACACAAAACAUUUGAAGACUGUAAGCAGACCUGUUUGUCGAGUAAUAACUGUGUGGGGAUUGUCUACGCCCAGUCCGGUACAUGGUGCGCUACUUGUCCUAAAAACGAUCCGGUCAGUUACAAGAACUACGACUAUUGGCGAAUGGAGGACUGUGCGUGA